CCUGCUAAGAUAGAUGAUUCUAUAGAACAUGAUCAUGGUAAUAUUUAUGAAGCUAAUAUACCAAGCUCUAAUAACUCUGCUUUAAUAUCUUUCAUACUGAUUAAUAACAAAACUAGCAAAACAACUAGCAAGAUUACUGGCAAAAGUAUAAGCAAAACCUCUAAUAGAGCUACUAGUAAAACUGCUAAUAAAGUUGUCAGUAAAACUACCAAUAAAACUAUCACAUUGUCAAAGCUUAUAUCUGCUAUUUCAGAACAUUUUUUCUCAUUAGUGGAUGAGCAAAAAGCUAAAUAUAAACAUUGCAAUAA